GUCGCUGCCGUGGAAACCACACACGACCAGUCGAGCGGCACUAGAUCCUCCAUCUCUGCAUCCAUCCAUCCGUCCGUCCCCUUCUCCCCCAAAACAUGGCGGACGUCAAGUGAGAAGAGGAGCAAAGCGGAAUCGUGUGAAAAGGUCAAGGGGGGAAAAAAAACAAAAAAACAAGCCAGCAACAGCGAGGAGGAGCCUGCAGCUUGGUCAGCAUGCCGCUGGUGAAGAGAACCAUCGAGCCGAGGCACCUGUGCCGCGGGGCGCUACCGCACGGCGUCACCAGCGAACUGGAGUGUGUCACCAACAGCACGCUCGCUGCCAUCAUCAAACAGCUGGGAGGCCUCAGUCGCCACGCUGAGGACAUUUUCGGGGAGCUGUUCAAUGAAGCAAACAGUUUCUACCUAAGGAUGAGCAGCCUGCAGGAACGCGUCGACCAACUCGCGGUCAAAGUCACUCAGCUGGACUCCACGGUGGAGGAAGUGUCCCUGCAGGACAUCAACAUGAGGAAGGCCUUCAAGAGCAGUACUGUGCAAGACCAGCAGGUAGUGUCCAGGACGUCGGUGCCCAACCCGGUGGUGGAGAUGUACCAUCGCUGCGACAAACCUCCUCCGCUCAACAUCCUCAGCCCCUACAGGGAUGACAAGAAGGAUGCGCUGAAGUUCUACACGGACUCGUCCUACUUCUUCAACCUGUGGAAGGAGAAGAUGCUGCAGGCCACGGAGGACAAGCGCAAGGAGAAGAGGCGGCAGAAGGGCUGUCCGGCCCAUCCUGACAGGCCCCAAUCCAGACAGGCCCCACCCAGGAGCCCCCUGUCCAUCUCUGAGCAGCAGAGGCAGGUUGACGACCCAGGCCGAGAAGUGAAGAAGGUGCGUAAGGCUCGCAACCGUCGCCAGGAGUGGAACGUACUGGCCUACGACAAGGAGUUCCGACCCGAUGCCAGGCUCACGCCUUCGCCUUACCACGGCAUGUCUCCCGAGGGCUCCUUGUCGCCCGACAGCAGGUCCGUGGCGUCAGACUCGUACCCCGCCAGUCCCAACCACGCCUCGAGCCAGGCAUCCGCUUCGAACCACCACGCCAGGGAUCACACGGGCGCAGCGGCCCAGACCCAGUCGCUGGAUCGGGGGCUUAGGCCCGCCAACCAGGUCGCGGGAGCGGGAGGGGCAGGUUCCGCCGGGCGCCACGUUGCCUCCCUGGGCAGGACCCCGUCGGGUCAGGCCAGCCAGGCCGGCGGGGAUCUGACAGUCAACGGGCCUAGGCAGCCGCCGCUCAAGGAUUACCGGGCCGGCCACGGCAGCAGCCAGCCCUCCACUAUACCGGAGUACUACAUCCCGCCUGCGCCUCCCCCUCCUCCCCCGACCAUCCCCUCUGCCCAGACCGCCUUUGAUCACACCCCGGGCCCAGCCUCCGGCACUGCCUCAGCCGUGCCCCCCGUCUCGUCCGCCCUAUCCCGUCCAUACUCCCCCUCUCCUCCUCCACCCCCCGUCAACUACGUGCCCUCUCCCGCCCACCCCGCUUCCGGGGUGCCGCCGGCCGCCCCGCCGCCGCCUCCGCUCGGAGGUCCUGCGACGGAUGCCGUACCCCCCGCCAGGAAGGGCACCGUGCUGGGGAUGAUCCCCAUGAGCGACGCCCGCUCUGACCUGCUGGCUGCCAUACGUAGAGGCAUCCAGCUGAGGAAGGUGCAGGAGCAGCGGGAGCAGGAGGCCAAGCGCGAGCCAGUUGGCAAUGACGUGGCCACUAUCUUGUCUCGACGCAUCGCAGUGGAGUACAGCGAGUCCGACGACGACUCUGAACUGGAUGAGAAUGAGUGGUCCGACUAAAAAUUCUGUUGUGCUGAUUUUCACAUUAUAAUCCACUACCGUUCAAACGUUUGGGGUCGUUUUGUUUUGAAAGAAAAGCAGUGCUUGUGUUUUUCGAUGUGGAUAAUAUUAAAUACUGAAAGAAAUAUAGAUAGAUAUUGUUCGUGCUUUUUUUAAAAGUGCAUUUCUUUAACAAAUCCGGACAUUUCUCGUCCACCCCCAAACUUGAAUGGUGAUGUAGAUACUGUAUUCAACAGUGUGUUUUCAUGGCAAUCGGGAAAUUGUCUGGGUAACCCCUAACUUUUGAACGGUAGUGUAUAUAAUAUUCUUAUUGAAUACGCCUCGAAAUAGAAAAGUUGGGUUGCCACUUAGACCUCUUUCCAACAAAAAUAGGAAAACAAUUGUUGCCCUUCCAUCCAAGUUCAAAAUGGCAGAAACACUACAGGUGGGGGGCGAUAAUGCAACGUAAAUGUAUCUGCCAAGUGGUCUUUCUGAAAACAAGGUCGGAAAACAAACGGUGAACCCACUUGAGCACUUUUAACCAAGGCCCGAUACACGCACAAGGACAAUGGACCUGUUUUUGUGCCGAUUUUGCCCCUUCCGACCAAGCACGUCAGACGCCAGACAAUCUUAAAUCUGAUAAGAUUAUCCUAUAAAAUGGUCCUUCUGUCUGAUGUGUGUUAAAAGUGGAUUCGUCCAGAUUUUAGGGUCCAAAACAGGUCGGAGCCGACAAUCUUAAAUAACGAACGUGCUCAAUAUUUACGACGAAAAGUCUUCAUGUAUGUGGGGGAGAGCCGACUUCCCCCGAGUGAUGACACCGAGAAUUGUGAUGUGGAACAGAAUAUAGCCAAUCGAGAAGCACGUUAACUCAACAAAAAGAAACGACCUUAAAUGAAAAACAAGCAUAUCUUACCUGAUGCUGUUUCUUUUGUAUAAAAGUGGGUUCCCCAAACAGCAAGAAGUACUGUAUUUUCCAAAGCAAGUCGUUUUUUUGAGGAGAUUGUCAUUUGACGAGGCUCCCGGCUCCGGUAACCUUAGGGGAAUGUUCAGGAAACAUUGUCGUCAAGCCAGAAGUGUUUCGUCUUCUACGGUUUUGUGAGAUCAUGUGUGAUCAUGCAAGAUUACGAGAUCGGCGCUGGAAAAGAUUCUUUAUGUGUGUGGUGUUCUGUGUUGAUAUUAUCGGAGCACACUACACACAAGCUGACCAAAUUGUUAACACCCAGAUUUUUUAUCUUCAUGUUUGGGGUCUGUCACCGAUAAACAAUCUUUUAAGAUGUGAAAAGUCCUUAUCUUGUGUACCAAGCCUGACUCUUCCAGGACUUUUGACCAUCGGUCACAUUAAGUCAGUCACGCGCGUUGUUGACUUAAGAAAGCUGCAAAUCACUCAAUGCUAUUUAGCAGGUGCCAGUUAGCUGGUGCCAAUUAGCAGGUGUCAAUUAGCUGGUGCCCAUUAAACGCCGCCAUUUGCUACUUGGACACCAUCAGUUUUGGCUACUCUUUUACUUGUGAGACACCUGGCGGUGGGAGUGUGUUACUGUAAAAAAAAAAAAUAAUAAUAAUACUCUUAUUUGUUAAAACUUGAACAAUUGUAUAGUGGCUUUGUUGCAACAUGUUUAAUAUUUGUUGUUGUUGCAAAAACAAGUUGAAUAAGUUCGAGACCUGUUGUGUUAAUGUGACCGGAGGCCCAAACUCCCAUGGACCCAGCAUCUUUGUCAUUGAAAGUCAUAGUGUUCCAUUUAAACUAAAAAGCGACAAAGCUGCCCAGUGUCCCCAGGUGGCAAACUGUCGUCAUCUUUACCCUGCACUUAUGAAUUGCUCACUUAGCAUCUUUGAGAGUGCGCUCAGGCCAAUAUUAAGUGAGUAAUUUAAAGGCUGUGAACGUGUGUUGUGUGUAUACCAAGUUCGAAACUUGGUCCUAGCCCUAACCUGGGGCACAUGCUGACUCGAUUAUCAGCACUGCGCAGGCUUUGUGUCUGCACUACAAAUACAUGCGCAAUAAUAAUAAACAGCGUUAUCACUUAGCUCGGGCUUGAGUCAUCUGCUUUGAAUUACUCUGGUAUCUUUUCAAUAAUUAUU